AUGGAGGCUACUAGAGCAGCAGCGGCAGCCACGCGGAUCGCCGCAGACAGCCGUCUAACUCGCAGCGGAACCCUCCUUGAAAGGAGCUUUCAUCCACGAGGCGGCUUCCACCAACGCCAAAACCAGCCGCUCACAGCCUCUGCCUCUCUCGAGCACCUUCAGGAGGACGAGGGGGGCCCCCGGGGGGUUGCCCGUCGCUUCUCUUCGCACAGGCGCACUUCUCCGUGCGACCUGCAGCACAAGCAGCAGCAGCAACAGCUGCUGCUAAACUUUGCUGACAAUGAAAUAGAAGAGCUAAGGCAGGCUUACAAAAAAAUUCGCAGCUCCCCGAGCAGGGGACUGGCAGCUGCAGCCACAGAAGGGCCGCAACAGCACCAACAGCAGCAGCAGGUCGAGGACGAGAGGAGAACGCGAGUCAGAGGAGUUAGCAGCAGCAGCAACAACAGUAGUAAGGAUAGAGCUCGUGGAGCAGCAUCGAGCGAUCCAUGUGCAGGUGCUUCCUUCACUCACGUUGGCGGCAAUGAAAGUAGCAGCAGCAGCAGCAGCACUACGCCGUUCGACGAGCUUCCUGCAGUAGUUGCUGCCGAUGGGGAGGAACCUCCACCGUUUGAGGCUUUGUUGCAGAGAGCGCUGCAGCAAGAAGCGGCGCGCAUCCGCAGGGGCCUCCCACCGCCUCUCGUACAGCAGCAACGGCAGCAGCAGCAGCACGAGCAGCAGCAGCAGAGUCGUCCGUUUCUCAGAAAAGGCAGCAAUCUUCAGGCCUGGAGGGCUCCCUCCGUCUGCAGAAAGCGCAAUGCAGCAUCAGCACCCUCCUCGAGCGCAGAAACACCAGACUUUCAUGGUAAGCGUCGCCUUGCAGCUGCAAGUGAUGCCUUGGCUGCAGCUUGUGCUUCCUCUGCACCAAGAUUUCGUGUGGCUGCUGCUGCCCUGCAGGGGCGGCUUUGGAGGCUGCAGCAGCAGCGCCCCGAAAGGACGAGGCAGGAGCAGCAUGCUCGAGCGCAUGCUGCCGACGGAGUAGCCGACAGAGAGGACGACGCAGCAGCAGCAGCAGCAGUGGCAGACGUCGAAAACCGACGCGCCGAGUUGGAGGCAUGUCUCUUUGAAGAGGAGGAGUCCUCUCCUGCUGGACUGACGAGAGUUCAUCGUCAUCGACAGCAGGAGUCUCAGGUGCAAGGCGUGCUGCCGCAGCUUCAAGACAAUGCAAGCGACGCGGAGGAGGCGAAAGACGGAGAAGAUGACUGGCUAGGGGCACAAAUGGAGCAGCUGCGUCUUGAUGAAGCCCCCCAAUGGGAGGCUUCCUGCCAGCCUCACGGAGCAGCAGUAGACACACCACAAAGCGAGCCGCUUCGCCGCUGCGCCGCGCAGAAGACACCCCCUCAACGGGUUCAAAAGAAGCAGCUCGUGGACCCCACUGCAGAUGUGCAAAGGGGAGCUGACACAUCCCCGUGUGAAGUUUCCCCUGCUUCGUCGAGCCUGAGGCAGACGAAGCAAUCGCAGCAGCCACAUCUUCUGCAGCGGCCACGCCUAAUUACCUUCGCCGAUGAGGUUGCCGCAAGAGGCACAGAUUCCGCCACUAACGGCGCUCCCGAUGGAGCACCCCCCACUCCAUGCGAUGAACCGCUGCAGGCUUCUGCUGCUGCGGCAGAAGAAAGCGAAAGGGAGCUCUUCAUGUCAAGGAUGGAAGUGCUCAAAACGCAAAUGGCUCGGCUGCGGGAGAGUGAAGAACGGCUAAGGAACAUCUCUGCAGAGCUGCGGCAACAGAGGGCAGAUCUCGAAGCAGAGCGUGGCCGGCUGCAUUCCACUCUGAACGACCAGCACCAGCAUGCGUUGCAAGAAAUCAGCGCUUGCAGGCAGCAGCUGCAGCAGCAGAAGAGACGAUUAGCAGCGGAGAGAGAGCGACUAAGAGAGGGCCUUGCGCAACAGCAACAGCAGCAGCAGCAGCAGCUCUUGCUGCAGAGGCAGGUGGAAGAGCUGAAGGAAGAGCUCCAAACUGUAAAAUUCCGAUAUCGUACUGCGCACAACCGUUGGGCUGCUGAGAGGCAGCAGCUCCGUCAACAGCUGCAGGAGGCGAAGGCGGAGUUGCGGCUUGCUAUUGCUUGUCGCACACCCUCGCAUGCAGGUGCAGCGGCACCAUCAUCAGGAAGAAGUCUUGCCCGGCACCCCUCUGUGUCAGGCCCCACCACCCCCCCCUCGCACCGACAGCAGCAGAAAAAACAGACGCAACGCCAGCUACACGCAGCGGCAGCAAGCUCCCCCGUGUGCCGUCGAGGCUGCAGCCUCAGCAGCACGAGCAGCCUGCGCAGCACCAGCAACUGCAGCGUCAGACGCUGGGAAGUGCAGCAACAGCAGCGGCAACAGCAGCAGCAGUCGUCUCCCGCGCUGUCUCCCUCGGCUCUGGAGGCUCCUGACUGGCAAGACGCUGCCGCAAGUUUGCUGGAUCAAGAAUUCCUAGCCGCUACAAGAGCCAGCGAACGAGCAGUCGUCUUGUCGGGAGAGGCUGCUGCUGCUGCUUCCGCUUCCGAUUUGGGGGAGGGGUCAGCAGAUCCUGUCGCUGAAAGCGUGCGGGUGCAGCAGCAGCUGUUGAUGCGAAAGCAAAGCCAGGCCUCCUUGCUACCAGCAAUGGCGUUCAUCUCUCCCACAGAUUCCUUUGGUCGCCGCAAUCCGCAGCAGCAGCUGCUAUUCGAGCAGCAGCAGAUGCUGCAGCAGCAACAACAGCAGCUCCUGCAGCAGCAGCAGCUGCUGUUGCAGCUCUCCAAAUCGCUGGCAGCAGGCGCCGACCCCACCGCCCCUGCAGCUCUCGCGGCAAGAGGGACGCAACGGAAACAGCAGCAGCAGCAGCAGCCAGGGGGGGUUUUGUCGCAGCAGCCGGAUGCCUCGCAGAGCAGCAUUUCCACACGCGAGAGCAGCACGCAUCAUCUGAGCAACAGCAUACCCUUGGAGGGCGAACCCCUGUUGCCUUCAGAGAUGCAACCGCAUCUAGGGGCCUUCCCAGCUGGAAAACAGACAGCAGAACACGCAGCAGCAGCAGCAGCUGCUGCUGCUGCUGCACCAAGUGGGGCAGCAGACAGCAAAUCCUCCAGUCGCUAA